CUUCUCUUAGCAACCCAACUCUCAGCUCAGCUCCUGACCAUGGCCUGCUGCUCCACUAGCUUCUGUGGAUUUCCAUGCUCCACCAGUGGGAACUGUGGCUCCAGCUGCUGCCAGCCCAGCUGUUGCCAGCCCAGCUGUUGCCAGACCAGCUGCUGCCAGCCAACUAGCUGCCAGCCCAGCUGCUGCCAGCCCAGCUGCUGUGGGACCGGCUGUGGCACUGGUGGUGGCCAGGAGGGUGGCGUGAGCUGCCGAGUCAGGUGGUGCCGCCCUGACUGCCGCGUGGAGGACACCUGCCUGCCCCCCUGCUGCGUGGUGAGCUGCACGCCUCCAACCUGCUGCCAGCUGCACCAUGCCCAAGCCUCCUGCUGCCGCCCAUCCUACUGUGGACAGUCCUGCUGCCGCCCAGCCUGCUGCUGCUACUGCUGCCAGCCCAGCUGCUGCCAGCCCACAACCCAACUCUCAGCUCAGCUCCUGACCAUGGCCUGCUGCUCCACUAGCUUCUGUGGAUUUCCCACCUGCUCCACCAGUGGGAACUGCGGCUCCAGCUGCUGCCAGCCCAGCUGUUGCCAGACCAGCUGCUGCCAGCCCAGCUGUUGCCAGACCAGCUGCUGCCAGCCAACUAGCUGCCAGCCCAGCUGCUGCCAGCCCAGCUGCUGUGGGACCGGCUGUGGCACUGGUGGUGGCCAGGAGGGUGGCGUGAGCUGCCGAGUCAGGUGGUGCCGCCCUGACUGCCGCGUGGAGGACACCUGCCUGCCCCCCUGCUGCGUGGUGAGCUGCACGCCUCCAACCUGCUGCCAGCUGCACCAUGCCCAGGCCUCCUGCUGCCGCCCAUCCUACUGUGGACAGUCCUGCUGCCGCCCAGCCUGCUGCUGCUACUGCUGCCAGCCCAGCUGCUGCCAGCCCAGCUGUUGUGAGCCCACCUGCUGAAAGCCAGGUUGCUGAUUUCCAGUUGCCCAGUUGAACAGCGUAUCUCCUCAACCUCCCCUGGACCACCAUAGGUUCUUCAACUUCCAUUUGCAGUUUUGUUAUGGGGCUACCAAGUAUAUGAGUUUUAUCUGAUUUCAUUCUGCAGUGAAUACCUUGAUUGUCUGCUGCAGACACAGAAAUGCUGUGAACCUACCAGCUGACUAUCAAAACUCUUUGGAUAUACUAUUUCUGAUUUUUCUGCAGGGUUGAAAAUUACUGAUAUACUGUGGAAUUAAUCCUUGAGAACUACCCACAAGUAUAAUCCUUCCCUGCUUUAUAAUCUAUUUUUAGCUCUGCUUACCUAACAUUUUUUUCUAACAUCAAAGGCACCAGAAUAUAGUCAAGUGACUUUCUUCAUUGGUCACCAGACAGAAUGGAAGCUCUUCACCCAAUAUUCACCUUCUAAGAAGUAGGCUAGACUUCUUCAUAUUUCAACAUCUGAUCCCAUCCCCUUUUUUUGCAGUGGGGGGAGGAUCAUAAUGAUCUUGCCUGUUGGUUAUUUCAAUUACAUCUGUGAUACAGUGUUUUCUGCCAUUUCUUAAUAAAUAUUGUAACUGGGUAAACAAA